GCAGCUGCGCACGGCCCGAGGGCCCUCGCCGCGGCGCCGCGAGAUGGCCCGCGCGCGGGGCCUUUGAGCGUGGAGCCGCCGCCCCCCACUUGGGGUGCCUCGGGUGGCGCCCGGCGGCGCGGUCCGAGCAGGCUCUCCCCGCAGGCGCCCAUGGCUACACGCAUGUUGCCGCCUCGGGGGGGCAUCACCACGCAGCCUAGCGCGCCUUACGCCUCCACGCACACCCAGCUCGACCACUGGAAGCGGAUGCAGAAGGAGCACGCCGCCGCCCGCGAUGCCGCCACUGCCCUCUGCGACACCCGCGAGCCAGCCGUUUCCGCGGACAAGGCCCUGAUCCGCGCGCACGCAAACAGCCGGGGCUUCAAGGCACGCCAGGCGGAGAGGCGCAUCCUAGAGGAGAACCUCAAGCACCAGAAGGCCAUCCACAGCAUCAACGCGAAGCCCAGCCAGGUGUCCCAGCUGCAGGGCCGAGGCUCCCUGGCGUGGAGCAAGGGCGCGCUCUCCGAGACCAUGACGCGCCACCGCAUGAUGAAGGUCCACGACGUCCAGGAGGACAACCGGAAGAUGGUGGGCAGGAUCCUGCGGUCGCGGCCCGUACUGGACAGCAUCGACCAGGAGGUGGCCUUCCGGAGGCACCGGCAGGACAUGCUGAGGCUCCGGAAGGUCUCGAGCGCCCCAGUCCUGGCCGAGCUGCCGGAGCGCCCCUCCGCGCCGCCGCCGCCGCGGCCGCGCCCCGCCGCGCUCGCGCGGAGGCUGCCAGAGGCCGCCGCCUCCGCGCCGGCGUGGCGGCCCGCCGCCCGGCCGGCCUCGCCGGAGCUUGCCGACGGGGCGGCCGUGCCUGGGGCGGAGGCGGAGCUGGCUGCCCCUUUGGCGCCCGGGCGGCAGGUCUCCGAAGGCGCGGGCCCCUGCAGCAGGCCGCGGACCGUCCGCCGCGCGACGCGGGCGUCUCCUUCGCGCCCUUCGCGGACUUCGCCCCCCACGCCGCGGCCGCCGACGACGGCCGGCCGCCCACCGCCGAGCGGUGCUCCCCGG